UGAAUUGACCUUUAUUGAUAGUAUUUCAUUGACAAAUAAAACAUUUUUUUUAAUUAUCACAAUUGAGGCAAUAUGUUGAGGGUAGAUUGGCUUCACAUCAAUAAACAAGUCAAGGAUAUUGAGAUUCAUAAUUUAUAUUGAUCAUCAUCGAAGAUUCUAGAAGUAAAAUUAUUUUUCAUUAUUUUCAUCAUGUAAAAGUAGACUUUCUCUAUUCAAAUUAGAAAAUUUUCCAUCAAUAUUAUUUAUCUUUGAUAUAAACGUAAUUUACAUUUUUUUUUAUUUCGAUAAAUUAUAAUAUUUAUUAAUCGUAAUCAAUCUAAGGUCAAAGAUUAUUAAAUAAAUAUUAUUAUAAAGUUAUGUUACAAAUUUAAAAUCAGUCAGUCUUGUGAAUUCAGUUGAAACAAAUAAUUAAUAAUAUAGUUAAUUUUAUUUAAUUAUACUCAAGAAAUGUCUACUAAAAUUGUGCAUGGCCAGAAUAUCAACAAAGUCAGCAUACUCGAUCCAUCAGAGAUGCUCCGACCGGAGGCAGAGUAUGCGGGAAAAUUGGAGAGUCAGUUCAGAAAUUACUCCGUCGACCCCAACGAUCCAAUUAAAGAACGUGUUAGAAUAACAUAUCAUAAAAUGCAUACAAAUCAAACUGUCGAUUUUGUUAAAUCACGUAUGGAACAUUGGCUUAAAUUUGAUAAAUUAAAAAUGACGAUUAAAGAGGCGUUGUUAAAGUUGAACGAACUCAUUGAUGAAAGUGACCCAGAUUCAAAUUUGCCAAAUAUUGUUCAUGCAUUUCAAACAGCUGAAUCAAUUAGACAAGUUUAUCCAGAUGAAGAUUGGUUUCAUUUAACUGGUCUUAUUCAUGAUCUUGGAAAGGUGAUGGCAUUUUAUGGUGAACCACAGUGGGCAGUUGUUGGUGACACAUUUCCAGUUGGAUGUGCUUGGGCUGACUCAAUUGUUUAUCGAGAAACGAGCUUUGAUGAUAAUCCAGAUGGCCAAGAUAAACGUUACAAUACAAAGUAUGGAAUGUACAAGCCAAAAUGUGGAAUGAAUAAUUUAAUGAUGUCUUGGGGACAUGAUGAAUAUUUGUACAGAGUUUUGAAACACAAUAAAUCAACGCUUCCUGAUGAAGCUCUUGCAAUGAUUAGAUUUCAUUCAUUUUAUCCUUGGCAUGCAUCACAAGAGUAUCAAUAUUUUUCAACUGAAAAAGAUCAAGAUAUGCUCAAAUGGAUUAAAGCAUUCAACAAGCAUGAUUUGUAUACUAAAAAUGAGACAUUACCUGAUAUUGAAAAAUUAUGGAUUUAUUAUGAAAAAUUAAUUGACAAAUAUAUACCAGGAAUUAUCGAGUGGUAAAAAAAAUCGAUUGUUAUUUCAUUUUUAAAGAAAAAAUAAAUUAUCAUUGGGUUAAAUAAUUUAUAUUUUUUAUAUAUAAAUUAAUUAUAAAUUUAUCUUAAAUAAUAUUAUCAAUAUGUAAAUUAUUUAUACCAAUACAUAUUUUUGAUACUUUAUUAUUGAUAAUAUAAUCACGAGUUUUGUCACGAGUAAAUCUUAUCAUGACUACUACAAAAUCUUGAUAUGAAUAAUAUUAUCUUUAUUAACAAAUAAAUCUGCAAAGAAUAAAAAUAACAAAAAAAAAAAAAAA